UUGUUUAUGGAUGUGGGUUUAAUACAUCAUUUCAUUUGAUUGGUUGUAAUCUUUUAUCAGUAUUUUGCCAAAGAACAGCAUCUAUUAUCAACCAUUUUAAGUGCACAUGUUCUUAGAGUUUAGAAGUUUGAGAGCCGCCAUUUGUACUCUACUUUGAGAUGGUGAAGUUGACAGUUGCAUGUAAUGUUAUUUUUAAGACAUUGGUCUAUGUGUACUUGGAUUACUCUUCCUGUAUAUUUUUAUAGCCGUGAUGAAUCCAUUUAUGGCAACAGAAGUAAACUUAUUUACAUUAUCCAUUUUAACAGUGUGUGACAUUUGACUCUAAAAUGAUGGGGCUUUCAAAGAACUAUUCUUGGUUAUCACGUUUUUUGACGUUAAUAUCUAACAUGUCAAGCUCAUUUUCCACUCAACGCUCUGGAUGUUUCAUUGUUAAAUAACAUGCAGUUAAGAUCAUUUUUUAUGAGUUCAUUAUCAUUUUGGGCUUAUGCAUUUUAAGCAACUGCUAAGAUGAAUGAGAAAAUAAAAAAGAAAGAUCUGAAGAAGUGUGGUGUUUGCGGAGAUAAUGCAUUGGGCAGUAAUUUUAAUGCUAUCACCUGUGAAUCUUGUAAAGCUUUUUUUCGCAGGAAUGCUUUGAAAACAAAAGAAUUUAAAUGUCCCUUUGAAAAUAACUGUAAAAUUGAGGUGAUCACCCGAAGGUUUUGCCAGAAAUGCCGGUUAAAGAAAUGCUUCUCUAUCGGCAUGAAAAAGGAAUGGAUCAUGUCUGAAGAAGAAAAGAAGGCCAAAAGGGAGAAAAUAGAAAAGAAUCGCAAAAGGAAAGGUACACAGCAAGUUCAAAUGCAGGUGCAAGAAUUGACUUAUAUAAAGACUGAGCCAAUAGAUGAUACUCAAACUGUCUUAAGUCCGUUAUCCUCAAUGUCACCCCUCACUCCACAAACGCCUGGAAGUGUAGGGAUAACAGCGGAUCUCCCCAAGACAUCUGUUUUCACUCACCAGCCACUCACCCCCUCAGAUUGUGAAUACAGCCCUCCUUCGAAAGUAUUAAUGUUAGAAAGUGCCUCAAAUUCCAUGCAAGACGGAAAACUCUCCGACGUCUGUUCUCAGCACGACGGUUCGAGCACGAGCGACGCGUACGACACGAAUGCCGAGUCGGAAACGGAAUGUGCCGUGGCUGAAAUCGGCAAGAAAACUGCUAAUGAAUCUGCAUCUGGAUCAUCUGAAGAUCAAAUGGCACAUUUGGAGGUGCCAAAAGGGAAAAUGCACGAUGUAUUAUCGUCUUUGGAUCAUAUCAGUCAAUCUGCUUAUGCCAAAGCCAUUGAGAUUCAAUUCACUGAGCUCCCCAUCAGAACUACUCUUCUAAAUUGCAAGGAGCUUAAUACAUUAGAGAAAAGUAAACUCGAGGAGUUGGUGUACGCCAAUGAGGUGUUAAAGAUGCCUUUGGUGUGUGAAGUCAGCGAUCCGAGUCUCCUGGAUGUCGUGAACAUGACAGACCACGCCAUCCGAAGGCUGAUCAAAAUGUCCAAGAAACUGUCUUGUUUUAAAAACUUGUGCCAAGAAGAUCAGAUUGCAUUGCUCAAAGGGGGUUGCACUGAAUUGAUGAUUUUAAGAUCUGUUAUGUCUUACGACCCAGAAAGGGAGUGUUGGCAGGGACCGAAAGGCCCAAAGGUCAUGUCUAUUAAGGUAGAGGUCUUGAAAGAAGCGAAAGGUAACCUCUAUGAAGAACACAAACGAUUCAUAACCUCAUUCCAUCCUCAGUGGCGUGCUGAUGAGAACAUUAUGUUAAUAUUGUGUGGCAUUGCCCUUUUCACGCCUGAACGUCGUAAUACCGUUCACAAAGAGUCGAUUAAAGUCGAGCAGGACACCUAUUAUUACCUUCUGCAUCGAUACCUCAAUUCAAUAUACGGCUCUUGUGAAUCAAAAACAAUAUAUUUGAAACUCAUACAUAAAAUUGAGGAACUUCACAUUUUAAAUGAAAAUCACGUGAGAGUUUAUUUAGAUGUAAAUCCUAAAGAUGUUGAGCCUUUGUUGAUUGAGAUCUUUGAUUUAAAACACUGAUAUCAUUUACUUGAAAACCAUUUUGUUUGUAUGUUCUGAAAUAUUGUUUUGCUACAUUUUAGAGUUUAAAUUUUGUUGUAUGUUUACUAUGCAAUCUUUUCAUGCAAAUACUAAACAGCCUUCACUUUAUAAACAAUUUUUUGAACUUCAUUUUUUAUAAAUUUAUUAUCUUAAAUUUGCCUUAUGCAUUUCUUACAAUAUUUUUUAAAAAAAGUUUUGUUUAAAUGUUUCUCUUUAAAGCAACCGAAUUAUGCAAGUUUAUCUGAUUUACAAUGAAAAUUUUCUCAUUAAUUGACAAGCUGGUGGUUAAUCUUUAUAAACAUGCAGCCUAUUUCAAUUAUAAAAUUGCUAUUCAUAAUUAGUUAAAUCAUUAUAAUUCUGUCUAAAUUAGUCUUUUACUUAAAUGGUGUACUGUAUUUAUGUGUAUUGUGCCAUAUUUUUAUUUUAUUUGUAUUUUUAACUAUUAAGUAAUAAGGUCUGAUUUGUUGUUAUUAUAUAUAGCUUUAUGGAAUUCACAUUAAUAUUUUUAUUAUUCAGUGUGCCUUAACUUCAAGGUUGUUAAAUUCCAGCCUGUCAUAAUGAUAAUUUUUAUUAUAAAAAUUCAAAAGUGAAUAAUUUUUUUAUACAAAUUCUAAUGCUGAUAGGUUUUCUAUUAAGUUUCCUUUUUAAUAUUCUAUUAAAUGAUAUUUAAAAAUUUAUUAUUAAAAAUUUUUUAUCUUAUAAAGAACUAUGUUAGUAGAUUAUUAGGAUUAUAGCUAUAAAUUUUUUUAAAAAAUAAAUUGGAUUUUCUAAUUGUUAAUUUGUGAAAUGGUGGCAUAUUAGGUGAGGUAUAAUGAUAUUUACUUAUACAAAAUCUACUCAUAAAUUUUUCUGAUACUAAGUAUUUUUAUAUUUUAAAUUAGCUUCUAAAUUAAAUGAGGGUUUAAAUUCAUUAUUUGAACUACAUUUAAAUAGUGUGAUUAUUUUUUAAAUUGAUACAUACUAAAAUUUUCUAUUGAGCUUUUUUUAAUAUUGCAUUGCAUAAUAUUCUUGUUUAUUACAUUAAUUUUAGUUACAAAAAGAUCUGUACUAAUGAAUGUAUAAAUUAUCAUAUUUUUGAGAUUAUUAUUAUUAGCAAUUUAUGUUUUCAAAAUUCAUAUUUUUACCUUCUGUUUAGAAUUAUAAACUAACUCUGCUAGUAACACAAAUUGACUGUAAUUUUUAUGUAAAUUUUGUCCUCCACCAAAUUAAUGUAAAUGUAUGGGUUAAAAUAUUUACUAACAUAAAACAACAUAUAACUUCUUUCUAUAAAACAUAUAACAUAAUUACAUUGUUCAAUCGACCAUUGUUUCUGUUUUGCUUGGAAAGGUAUGUUUAAAAUUCUAUUGUUCUUGGUGUUAUUGUUUGUUUUUAUUUUUUCAUGCUAGUCAUUUGUAAAUAAGCCAUCGUAAUAAAGUCACAAGUACAAAGAAUUGUCCAUCUAUUAUAUAAAAUAAAAUAUUAUCAUUCUGUUAACAA